AUGAAGGCUCUCUUAAUUUUGAUUGUUUUGAUGAAUUUGGACAAGCUCCUCAUGACGGGAGACUGCACACAAACACAUGAUCAAGUUCUCUCAAUCACCGCAAAGACACAGGAACAGGUUGAGCUCUUGAAGAAUGUAUCCACCCAAUAUGAGACAGUAUUAUGGCAGCCUGUUUCUCCUGAGUACAUUAAGGAAGAGGAGCCGGUCCACUUGUUUGUUCCUGCAAACAGCUCAGACACAGUAAAAGAUUUGCUGCAGGGUCAUGCCGUGGCACACGAGGUGCUGCUGGACAACACCAAUGAGAUGAUCGAGCUGCAGACGAGGAACGACUCCACCGACCCGCGAAGCAGCUCGUCUUACUAUGAGAGAUAUCACAGCCUGGAGGAUAUCUAUUAUUGGAUAAACAGGACCACACAGGAACAUCCUGAGAUGGUCAAAGUUGUUCUGAUUGGCUCUUCAUAUGAGAAGCGACCGCUCUACGCCCUGAAGAUCUCCGUGGGAGAAAAACAGGAUAAAAAAGCGAUAUGGAUUGACUGUGGGAUCCACGCUAGAGAGUGGAUCUCCCCUGCUUUCUGCAUGUGGUUUGUGCAAAAUUCCUUGUCAUAUUACAAUCAAAACCAAGACAUCACUCACAUUCUGAACCACAUGGAUGUGUACGUCCUCCCGGUUAUGAACCCUGAUGGAUACAAGUACACGUGGACGACAAACCGGAUGUGGAGAAAGAAUCGCUCCUACAGCACGGACAGUUCCUGUGUGGGAGUCGACCUCAACAGGAACUUUGAUGCCAACUGGUGCACGGAGGGGGCGUCCGACAAGCCCUGCUCUGAGAUCUACUGCGGUGCCUUCCCCGAGUCGGAGCCCGAGUCCGAGGCCGUGGCCAACUUCCUGCGCAGCCACAAGGACUCGGUGCAGCUCUACCUCACCAUCCACUCCUACUCCCAGAUGCUGCUCUUCCCCUACUCCUGCACCCUGGAUGAGGCCGAGAACCACAAUGAGCUGCUUGUGAUGGCCCAAGAAGCUGCCCAGAAAAUCAGAAGAUAUUACAGGAAUACCUACAAAUAUGGAGCCGGGGGAAAGACAAUAUACCUGGCUCCGGGUGGUUCUGAUGACUGGGCCUACAACCUGGGCAUCAAAUAUUCCUUCACUUUUGAGCUGCAGGACCGCGGGCGUUACGGUUUCCUCUUGCCGCCGUCUCACAUCUCCAAAGCCUGCAAUGAAGCUCUGAUUGCUGUCAAGACCAUCGCCCUGAGGGUCAUUGAGAAAACACAAGCUCCUCAGUAA